GUGUGUGUGGGUGGGGGUGUGUGUGUGUGUGUGUCUGUUCAGCCACAAGUCUCCCCAACAGACAUUGAGGCAAUUUGAGAGCCACUGAAAGAGAAGUUUCGCGCAAGCGCGGCUCCUGUUUGUUUGACCUGAGUCACGCAGCAGCAGCGCUGGGGAUCGCGAGUGAGUGACUGAGUGAGUGAGUGACUGAGUGAGUGAGUGACUGAGUGAGUGAGAGAGAGACAACACAGCACAACAUGGUGUUUGAGUCGGUGGUCGCUGAUCUGCUGAACAGGUUUUUGGGGGAUUACGUGGAGAACCUGGACAAGUCCCAGCUCAAGCUGGGAAUAUGGGGAGGAAAUGUGGUCCUUGACAACUUGCAAAUCAAAGAAAAUGCACUUAAUGAUCUAAACGCUCCUUUCAAAGUUAAGGCUGGCCAGAUCGAUAAGCUUACUUUGAAGAUCCCAUGGAAAAAUUUGUACAGUGAAGCAGUGGUAGCAACAUUGGAUGGCUUGUAUGUGUUGGUUGUUCCAGAAGGAAGUAUCCAGUAUGAUGCAGAAAAGGAAGAGAAACAGUUCCAGGAAAAUAAGCAGAAAGAGCUAUUGAGAAUUGAAGAUGCCUUGCAAAAAGCAGCAGAAAAAGGUACCUCUUCAGGAGAAUUUUUGUUUGCCCUGGAAAGCUAUGUUUAUAAAGACAUCAAGCCUGGAAUUAAACAUAAAAAGUCUAAAAAACAUUUUAAGAAAUUAAAAGCACAAGCACGUUUGAAAGAUAAACCCAAAGAAGAAAAAAAGGAUAGCUUUGUGGAAAAGCUUGCAACUCAAGUCAUUAAAAACCUACAAAUUAAAAUAACAAGCAUUCAUGUGAGAUAUGAAGAUGAUAUUACAGAUCCCACAAGACCCAUCUCUUUGGGUGUCACACUACGGGAACUUAGUUUGCAGACUGCAGAUGAAAAUUGGAAACCAUGUAUACUGAAUGAUGCUGCAAAAAUAAUCAACAAGCUUGUUCGCCUGGAUUGUCUUUGUGCCUAUUGGAACGUGAACAGUUCACUGCUUUAUCAAAGCUCAAGAGAACAGAUUUUGAGACAGCUGACAGAAGGAAUAGCUUCAAGUGCUCAUGAACCCAAAGAUUAUCAGUACAUUUUUAGACCUAUGUCAGCAUCUGCUAAACUGUGUAUUAACACUUCCUCUGAUGUUGAACUGAAUUCACCCAAAAUGAAAUUGGACAUGGAGGUGCAGAGCAUUGACAUAGAGAUGACUAAGAAGCAGUAUCUUAGCAUGAUGGAUCUUCUGGAAUCUGUGGAUUACAUGGUUAGAAACAUCCCUUACAGAAAAUACAAACCAAAUGUCCCAGUUCAUAAAAAUUUCAAUAAAUGGUGGCAGUAUGCAAUCACCGGAAUUCUGGAAGUUCAUAUCAGGAGAAAAAGUCAAAUGUGGUCAUGGAAAACUAUCAAGAGUCACAGACAAAAUCUGAAAGCCUACAAGCUAUCUUACAAGAACAAGUUGAUGCAGACCAAGCCUUCUGAUGAAUUACUGAAACAACUUCAGACUCUGGAGAAAUUACUGGAUGUCUUUAAUAUCACCCUAGCAAGACAACAGGCCCAUGUUGAGGUAAUUAGAUCCGGACAUAGGAUGUUGGGAAAGAAGGGAGCAGAGAAACAGAGUGGAGGAUGGUUCAGUGGGCUGUGGGGGAGAAAAGAUUCAAAGAAGAAGGGUGAAGAGGAAGUAAAAUCUGUACCAGAAAGUAUCAAUGACCUAAUGACUCCGGAAGAAAAGGCUAAGUUGUACACAGCUAUCGGAUACAGUGAGAGCUACCACAACUUGACACUACCAAAACAGUAUAUCGCAAAUGUGCUGAUGUUCAAGUUGGUCACGACCUCCAUCACCAUCCGAGAGGAACCAAAUGUUCCAGAGAUUCUUAAAGUACAGACGAUUGGCUUGAGCAUGUGUGUUUCCCAGCGCCCUGGAGCACAAGCGCUAAAAGUGGAAACUCGAUUGGAACACUGGUAUGUAACUGGUUUGAAACAGCAAGAUGUAAUUCCAUCUCUCAUUGCUUCUGUUGGAAGUCCCAAAUCCUCCUUACUCAACGUCUGUUUUGAGAUUAAUCCGGAGGAAAGCAAUGCAGAUCAGUUAUUAAAUGUCCAGUCCCAGCCUGUGGAAAUGAUUUAUGAUGCUCAAACAGUAAAUAGUUUGGUAGAAUUUUUCCAGACUAACAGAGGAUUGGAUCUUGAACGCCUGACUUCGGCGACUUUACUGAAAUUAGAGGAAAUCAAGGAGAGGACUGCAACAGGUCUAUCGCAUAUAAUUGAAACACGAAAAGUGCUUGAUGUUCGAAUCAACCUUAAGCCAUCUUACCUGGUGGUUCCACAGACUGGAUUCUACAGUGGCAAAUCAAACUUACUUAUUUUGGACUUUGGUAGUUUCCAGUUAAACAGUAUCAACCACAGUGAUCAGAAAGUGACAUCUCCAAGUUUUGCAUCACUGGAGGAAAUUUUGGAUCGAGCCUAUGAAAAGUUUGAUGUGAAGCUCAAAAAUGUUCAGUUGUUGUUCAGCAAACCAGAUCAAGACUGGAAGUCUGCUCGGAUCCAGCAUUCCUCUUCUCAACAUAUAUUACAGCCUAUGAAUGUUGAAGUGGAGAUUGCUAAAGCUAUGGUGGAAAAAGAUACCAGAAUGCCUAAAUUUAAAGUCUCGGGUGAACUGCCUUUGUUCCACGUCGCAAUGUCAGACGAGAAGAUAAAAAGUCUUUUUGAACUUGCUGAUAGUAUCCCCUUUCCUCAGAAGCAGUUCUCUCCUAGAUUGCCUACCAAAGCAAAGGUAUCUUUAUCUGCAAGAUCACAAAAGGCCUUUGACCCUAGUCUCGUAAAUGUUGGAUCCGUAGGAUUGCUAGAAGCAGAUGAUUCAGGUUCUCAAGAAUCAGAAGAGGAAUUCAGAGCUGAAGAUGCUAAAUUGACAAGUAAGGAAACACUGGCAGCUGGUGAUGCGCCACUCUAUGAUGAUCAUAACGAGGAUGCAGCAAUCGAAGAGCUGACCGAUUUGCAGUUGAAGUUUGAGAUUAAAGAGGUAGUUGUAGAACUCACCAGGAAAGAAAACCAGGAGAAACCGUUCCUUGUUUUCAGUGUGUCUCAGUUAGGUACUGAAGCCAAAAUUAGAACAUUUGAUUUAACAGCUACGUCAUAUUUGAAGAAAAUCAACUUGGAUUAUUGUGAAAUUCAAGGUGCUGAUAAUCAACCACUUCACCUGAUAAGUUCUGCUGAUACUCUGGGAUCCAAUCUGCUGAAAGUGGAAUAUGUUAAGGCUGAUAAAAAUGGUCCACAAUUCAAAGAAAAUUAUGACAACACUGAACAGAUGGUUAAGGUUACCUUUUCUUCUCUUGAUUUUCUUCUUCACACAAAAGCAAUACUUUCAACCAUAAAUUUCCUGACAACUGUUACACCAUCAGACCAUUUUGGCUCUGUUGAUAAGAAUCGUGAAGCAAAGGUACUCGCAGGGAGUCAGAACAAAGAGACUACAACAAAGACAGUUUCAAAACGUUUGAAGGAUACCGAUCUGUUCAAUUUCAAGAUGUUUGCUGAACUGGAUGCAUUCAAUGUGGCUGUAUGUGACGAAACAUGCAAUAUUGCAGAUAUUAAAGUACAAGGAAUGGAUGCAUCGGUUUUUGUGCAGGCCAAGCAGAGUGAAGUCUUUGCAAGACUCAGGGAUAUUAUUGUUACAGAUGUUGACUUGAAAACAAAGGCUGUUUCCAUUGUUGGAAAGGAAGUCUUCAAUUUCAAUCUAAUCUUGUAUCCAAAUGCUGUUGUUAGUGAGACCUACACGGAUAUGUCGAAAGUGGAUGGUAAAAUCACAUUACAAGUGGGAUGUAUUCAGAUUGUCUAUCUGCAAAAAUUCAUUAUGUCAUUGCUGAACUUUUUUGACAACUUUCAAACUGCAAAGGAAGCGAUAAGCGCAGCCACAGCUCAGGCUGCAGAAAAAGCAGCCUCCAGCGUGAAAGAUUUUGCGCAGAAAAGUUUCCGGCUGUCGAUGGACAUUCAUUUGAAAGCUCCAGUUAUCAUUGUCCCCGAGUCCUCCACCUCCACGAAUGCUGUGGUUGCAGAUUUGGGUUUGAUAACUGUCCGUAAUGAGUUUACUUUAAAUCCUGCUGAAGGAUUCUCAAUGCCAGUUGUGAUAGACGUCAUGGAUAUUCGGCUGACUCAGUUGAAGCUAUCCAGGACUAUUCUGCAGAGCACCUCUCCUCAGCCUGAUAUUCAGAUGCUGCGACCCAUUGACCUACAAUUGUGUGUGAAAAGAAAUUUGGCAGCAGCCUGGUAUCACAGAAUCCCAGCUGUUGAAAUCAAAGGGGAUUUGAAAACCAUGAAUAUUGUUCUCAGUCAGGAAGAUCUCACUGUUCUCAUGAAAGUUCUUGAGGAGAACUUUGGUGAAGGUGCCAAAGAAUCAAGUACAUCAAAACCACUCAAGGAUGAAGCAACACGAACCCUGAAAGAUCUCAAAGAGACAUCUAAAUCUGAAUCAAUUGUCAUAAGCCAGCUACUGGAAACCACGAAAGAAGAAUUAAGCGACAUUGUAAAUGUUCAGCUGAAUUUUGAAAUCAAAGAGGUGGUUGUCGAACUGAGAAAGCAAGUGAAGCAGCAGAAGAAUCCCUUUCUUGAAUUUCACGUUAUGCAAUUGGGAACUGAAACCAAAGUAAGAGAGUAUGACCUGAGUGCAACUGCAUACUUAAAGAGUAUCAGUCUGAACUGUCAUGAAUUUACAGAUUCUAAUCACAAACCACUUGGUUUGAUCAAUUCAUCAGAAACAAAAGGUGCAGAUCUUCUGAAAGUGGAAUAUAUCAAGGCAAAUAGAAAUGGACCACAUUUCAAAACUACAUUUGACAACACUGAACAAAUGAUGAGAGUUGCCUUCUCUUCUCUUGACCUGAUUUUGCAUACACAAGCCUUACUUUCAGUCAUGAAUUUUAUGGCAGAAGCAUUUCCGUCCAGUAGUAUCAAAGAUCAUGAGACAAAAACAUAUACAGAAGGAUAUGAAAAAAAGGCUCUGGUAAAAGCAGUAUCCAGAGAUUCUGAGGUUGAAGUUUUGGGACUCAAGCUUUCUGCUGUGCUUGAUGCAUUGAACAUUUUUGUUUGUGAUGAAAAAUUCAGCAUCGCUGACAUCAAAAUACGAGGUAUGGAUGCAUCUGUUUCUGUGCAGUCAAAACAGACAGGAGUUUUUGCCAGGCUCAGGGAUAUCAUUGUUAUGGAUGUUGACUCAAAGACUCUCCAUAAAAAGGCUGUCUCCAUCAUUGGUGAUGAAGUCUUCAGCUUCAAAAUGUUUUUGUAUCCUGAUGCCACUGAGGGCAAGGCCUACACUGACAUGUCAAAAGUAGAUGGGAAAGUAGUGUUGCAAGUGGGCUGCAUUCAGAUCGUUUAUCUGCACAAGUUCCUUAAGUCACUGCUGAACUUUUUUGACAACUUCCAAACUGCAAAGGAAGCGUUAAGCGCAGCCACAGCUCAGGCUGCAGAAAAAGCAGCCUCCAGCGUGAAAGAUUUUGCGCAGAAAAGUUUCCGGCUGUCGAUGGACAUUAAUUUAAAAGCUCCAGUUAUCAUUGUCCCCGAGUCCUCCACCUCCACGAAUGCUGUGGUUGCAGAUUUAGGUUUAAUAACUGUCCGUAAUGAGUUUAAUUUGCACCCUGCUGAAGGAUUCACAAUGCCAGUUGUGAUAGACGUCAUGGAUAUUCAACUAACUCAGCUGAAACUUUCAAGAACCUUUCGAAACAAUGACUCGGUACAGCCUGACAUUCAAAUUUUGCAACCUGUGAACUUGCUGUUGAAAGUAAAGCGAAAUUUAGCUGCAGCUUGGUACCACAAAAUCUCUGGGAUAGAAAUAAAUGGUGAUCUAAAGGCAAUGAAUGUUACCGUUAGUCAGGAAGAUUUGACUGUUCUUAUGAAAAUCCUGAUGGAAAACCUUGGCGAGGUGACAAAGGAACAGGACAGCGCACCUCAGCCGAGAGAAGAAGAACUGAAUAGAUCAAAAGAUAAUUGUCCUACCCAUGAAACCACCGUAUCUGCAGUCUGUCCCAAAGCAAAAAUAGAAAGUGUGCCCUUUCUGGAAACCGAGUUGGUUGAGACUCUGAACUUUGACUUUAAGUUUGAAUCAUUGUCAGUGAUCCUCUACACCAAAGACCUUAAACAGCCCACUGAGCUCCUGCAGCGACUUGACAGUUUACGCCUGGGGGAAUUCAGGCUGCAUCUCAUUACAGCUUCAGGGAAGAUGUUUACAGAUGGGUCACUCGAAGUUGAAACGAAACUCACCAUGUGCACACUUGAUGACCUAAGAGAAGGCAUUGAAAAAGUUACCUCGAGAAUGAUUGAGAAGAAACAAGGAACUCAAGAAAAUGUAAUGAUUGAGCUCCAGUACAGACAGAAGCCAGAUGAGACGUUGCUGACUGCCGUACUUGACCAUCUGUAUGUUUGUGCUAGUGUGGAGUUCUUACUUGCAGUUGCAGAUUUUUUCAUCAAAGCUGUACCAGAGAGCUCAGCUCUGCCAGGUGACAAAUCUGCCCAGUUGCUUCUGAAACAAACUGGAAAGGCCCCCCUGGACACUGCCAUUGACACUCCAAGACCAAAGAUGACUGUGAAAGCACUGAUAAUGAAUCCUGAAGUUGUAUUUGUGGCCAAUUUAUCAAAAGCUGAUGCUCCUGCAUUAGUAGCAUCUUUCCAGUGUGACUUCUCGAUAAUAAGUGACAAAGAGUCUCAAAAAAUGAUUGCUUUAGUUAGUGAUCUAAAGGUUCUGGCAUGCCCGUUCCUUAAAGAGAAGUCUGGGACAAAUAUAACAACGGUGUUGCAGCCCUGCAGAUUAUUUCUUGACUCAAACCAACCCUUAUCAGGACCACAAAAUAUUGUUUUGAAGGUAGAGGAAGUAGUUGUGAAGGUUUCUCCGAUUAUUCUAAAUACUGUGAUGACAAUUAUGGCAGCAAUGACUCCCAAAUCAAAGGAAGUGGAAGUACAACAAAAAGCAGAUGACACAUCUAACCUCUGGGCAAUAAAGAAUGCCCUUCAUUGCAAUUACUGGUUCCUGGGAGUUGAUGUGGCCUGCGAAGCAACAGAAAUCACAGAUAAAAAGUCUGAAACAACUGGGGAGUCCUUCAAAGUAGAUAUUGAAUUCAUUCAAGUAACACUUGAAUGUGGUCUUGGGCAUCGCACAAUCCCUUUACUUCUGGCAGAGUCGACAUUUUCUGGAAAAAUGCAAAAUUGGACGUCAUUAAUCAGCGUUGAUUCGAACAUGACCCUUGAGGUUCUUUACUACAAUGAAAUGGCUGCAAUAUGGGAGCCUCUGCUGGAGCAAGUUAAUGGUGGACAAAGAAGGUGGAGUUUGAAAUUUAAGAUGAAGAAAAACGAGGUACAGGAUAAAUGUCUCAUUCCAGGAGAUGACUUCCUCCAAAUUCCUGACCCACAGACUGCCAUUUCCAUUUCUUCAAAGGACACCAUGAACAUCACCGUGUCCAAAUGCUGCCUAAACGUUCUGAAUGUUCUUGCCAAGGCAUUUUCUGAAGGAGCUGCCUCAACAUUUGAUUAUUCCCUGAAGGACAAAGCUCCAUACACUUUAAAAAAUGCAUUGGGUAUCCCAAUGAUUAUGCAGCAUUCUUCCAAUCUGUGCUGCAUUGGUUUCGAUCCAGACGAAACGAUAGAUGUAGGGCAGACAGUAGAACUUGAUUAUUCAGCUGUAAAACCCAGAGACCAAGGAAAGCUUUCUGUGUUACAAAGACAAGAAAGUAAUCUUUUCACCUUAACUAUAGUGCCAUUUGAUUAUACAGAAGUAGCAAAUAUUCCUGUUACUAAGCCUGGCCGACGCUUGUACAAUGUCCGUAACCCUUUCAGUGACUAUUCAGUAUCGCUGUUAGCCCAGAUAGAUGUGGUAGAAGGCAAUAAAAGAAUCAUCAUCAGGUCCCCUCUCCAGAUCAAAAACCACUUCUCUAUCUCCUUUAUGGUCUACAAAUUUGUCCCAGAAGGUGGUUUCCUGGAGCCCAUUGGAGUAGCUAAUCCUGAGCAGGAGUUCCAUGUACCUCUGGAUUCAUAUCGAGGUCAAUUGUUCCUCAAACCAGUAGGAGAGCUGGAGAACAAGUUCAAAGAAUCGACCACAUACAUUACAUGGAAAGAGGAGCUUCACAGGAGCUCAGAAGUCCGGUGCACACUGCGGUGCCCUUCAACUGAGCUAAACUUCCUACCGUUCAUUGUAAACACCAUUGCUAUUCCAGAUGAACUGACUUUUAUCAGUAGUCGCGGUGAAGAUGAAUGGGAUCCAGCCUAUAUCAUUCAUCUCCACCCCACAGUUACAAUCAGAAAUCUUCUGCCGUAUAGUCUGCAUUACAUACUGGAGGGAACUGCAGAGUUUCAAGAGCUGGCAGAAGGGUGUUCAGCGGAUGUCUUCCAUUCAAGAAUUAAAGGGGAAAUAAUGGAAUUAGCCCUCAUCAAAUAUCAAGGCAGGAACUGGGUUGGACAUCUUAAAAUCCAGGAUGGACUUUCUGAAUUUUUUCCAAUGUGUUUCACUGCUGAUUCAAAGGAUCGCAUGAGCAUUGAUUUGAUGGUUCAUGUUAGGAAAAUCAGCAGGCGUCUGGUUCUGUCUAUUCACAGCCCAUACUGGAUCAUUAACAAAACCUCGAGAGUCUUGCAGUAUCGUGCAGAAGACGUACACGUGAAACAUCCAAGUGAUUUCCGGGAUGUUGUCCUUUUUUCCUUCAGACGGAAAAAUAUUUUCAGCAAAAAUAAGAUCCAGCUGUGUGUGUCUACCAGCAACUGGUCAUCUAGUUUCUCGCUGGACACUGUCGGAAGUUAUGGAUGUGUGAAGUGUCCUGCCAAAAAUAUGGAAUAUUUGAUUGGAGUAACCAUUAAGAUGAGCAGUUUCAAUGUAACCAAAGUAGUUACAUUAACUCCUUUCUACACCCUGGUGAACAAGUCUUCAUAUGAACUUGAGGUUGGAGAAGUUUUGCCCAGCGGCCCAAUGGAAUGUGGGAAAUGGCUGUACAUUUCAACAGCAGAGUGUCUUCCUUUGUGGCCUGAAACAACAUCAAACAAACUUUGUGUCAGAGUGGUUGGCUCUGAGCAGUCAUCUAAAUCAUUCCAUCUUAACAAACGAGACAAUGGCACAUUAUUAAGUCUUGAACCGUUGUGUGAUGGGGUUAUUGUGGACAUAAAUGUGGCUGAUCACUCCACAGUGGUCAGUUUUACAGACUACUAUGAUGGUGCUGCACCUGCCUUGAUCAUUAAUCACACCUCUGCAGUGAAGUUUAGGUUCAAACAAAGUGGUGUUCAGGAAGAAGUCAUCCUUGAUCCGGGAAAGGCUCGAUUGUUUACAUGGGCUGACCCUGCUGGCAACAGGAAACUUAAUUGGGGAUGUGCAUGGAAAACGGGGGAACUUGAUCUGUUCAAGGAUCAGUUUGGCCAGUUCCUUGGUGACCAGAAUACUCAGAUUCACUGGGUGUCUUUCCUUGAUGGACGACAACGGGUGUUACUCUUCACUGAAGAUGUUGCUGUUGUUUCGAAAGCACGACAGGCUGAGGAUUUGAAACAAUUUGAAAAAGAGAUCACUGUUUCACUUCACAGCCUAGGACUGUCCCUUGUUAACAAUGAGAGCAAACAGGAAAUUGCUUACAUUGGAAUUACCAGUUCUGGCGUUGUGUGGGAAAUGAAACCGAAGCAGCGCUGGAAGCCAUUUAGUCAAAAACACAUCAACCUUUUGGAAUCCACCUAUCAGAAGCACUUCAAUGCAAGGUCCUUUGAAUCCUGGAUUAAGUUGGAGUCUAAUUUUGAGGUUAAUUUCAACACAAUGCAAAUGCGCUUACCUGCCCAGCACAGGAUCAGACGAAACUUCUUGUCAGGAAUUCAUAUUGAAUAUAAACAAUCACCUCAUCACAGGAGUUUACGGGCACAGUUAAACUGGUUGCAGGUUGACAACCAGCUACCUGGUGCAAUAUUUCCAAUUGCGUUUCAUCCUGUUCCUCCUCCCAAGUCCAUUGCAUUGGAUUCAGAACCAAAGCCAUUUGUUGACAUAAGCAUCAUCACAAGAUUUAAUGAGCACAGUCAAGUUAUGCAGUUCAAAUAUUUCAUGGUUCUCAUCCAGGAGAUGGCAGUGAAACUUGACCAGGGAUUUCUCAGUGCUAUUAUUGCACUGUUCACAGCAGCAUUAGAUCCUCUAGCAUCAACUCAAAAGACAAAUCUGAUACACCAUGAUGUAGAAGCAUUAAAGGCAGAGUUGAUGGAAACCUCAAUGACAGAUGUUUCAAGUUUAAGUUUCUUUGAAUACUUGCAUAUUUCUCCACUGAAGGUACAUUUGAGCAUGUCAUUGGACUCAGGAGGAGAGGAAUCCAGUAAAGAUAGGCAGGAAGCAGCACCACUCCAGUCCAUUAAUAUUUUGCUGAAAAGCAUUGGAGCUACUUUAACAGAUGUGGAUGAUCUCAUCUUCAAACUUGCAUUUUUCGAAACUAAAUGCCAGUUCUAUAAGAGAGAUCAACUGAUGUGGACUGUCAUUUCCCAUUAUUCUGAACAAUUUCUGAAGCAGAUGUACGUUCUUGUUUUGGGGCUUGAUGUCCUUGGAAACCCGGUCGGACUCAUCCGAGGCCUCUCGGAAGGUGUAGAAGCAUUCUUCUAUGAACCUUUCCAGGGUGCUGUUCAGGGACCAGAAGAAUUUGCAGAGGGCUUUGUGAUUGGAGUGAGGAGCCUCCUUGGACACACAGUAGGUGGCGCAGCUGGUGUGGUGUCUAGGAUCACGGGAACUGUUGGAAAAGGCUUGGCUGCAAUUACUAUGGAUAAAGAAUAUCAACAGAAACGCAGAGAGGAAAUGAACCGUCAACCCAAAGACUUUGGGGACAGUUUGGCUAGAGGAGGAAAGGGCCUCUUGCGGGGUGUGGUGGGAGGAUUUACAGGAAUCGUCACAAAACCUGUUGAAGGUGCAAAGAAGGAAGGUACAGCCGGUUUCUUCAAAGGAAUCGGCAAAGGUCUGGUUGGAGUUGUUGCACGACCGACGGGUGGCAUCAUUGAUAUGGCGAGCAGCACUUUCCAAGGAAUUAAAAAGGUAGCUGAGUCGACUGAAGAUGUAAAUAAACUGCGUCCUCCUCGCUGCAUCCAUGAAGAUGGGAUCAUCAGAACUUACAACAGAUCUGAAUCUGAGGGAUGUGAAUUGCUUGAGAAACUGGAGAUUCAGAAGUUUGAAGGAGAGAUGUAUCGUAGUCACUAUUCUAUAUAUGGGAACAAAAAUGCAAAUCUGCUCAUCACCAACAGGAGAGUCCUGUGUGUGUCUGAUGAAAUUCUAGGCCAUCUUGGAAGUGACUGGAAUUACACGUUCGAUGAGUUUACACAGCCACCAAUUGUGAAAGGAAAUGUGUUGAGUGUGUUUGUCAAGGAUCAUUCAUUAAUAGGAUUUUCCAUUCCAAAUCAGGACUCAGUGAAAACAAUUAAACUCCAGGAUGGGGACAAGGCAAUGAGGGUUGCCAAUGCCAUUGAAGAAGCUUGGUCCACAAGAAAGCAACAGCAGCUGGUGAAAAGAAAAUCACAAAGAUUUUCGAAACAUUAAGGUCUCGGUUGCUGCCCUAUUGCACAAAAUCUCUAUCCUAAUUUUGACUCUUCUAUAAAACUAUCAUUUGCACUAGACUGUAUAUUUUCCUAAUGAUUGAUUUUAAAAGUAUGAAAUCUUUGGUGUUGAGGUGAGCUAAUUGGUUAGAGACACUGAGCUCAGGAAUGAAGGCCAGUAUUUCAAUGUAAUGUGUGACUGGUGUCAGAAUGUAGACAACUAUUGUCAAUACUCAGAAUGUUCAUUUUGAACUCUGAAAAAGAAUGUAUUUGCAUGUUAAGAAAAAAAUAAACUCAAUUGUACUCAACUGUCAAAGAAAUAAAAUUACCUGGAAUGAC